CUCCUCCUCCUCGUCGUCCUCUUCCAGCUCCCGGUUCUCGCCCGCCCUCCGCCCGCUCGGCCUUCCCGGCCCGGCUCCCUCUCCCGCCGGCACCAUGAUGGAGGAGAUCGACCGCUUCCAAGUGCCCGCCGUGAGAGCCGAGAUGCAGCCGCUGGAUCCAACAGCAGCCUCUAUAUCUGACAGAGACUGUGACACGAGAGAGGGAGAAACUGUAGCUAUGAAUUACAAACCAUCCCCCCUGCAAGUGAAACUAGAGAAACAGAGGGAGCUGGCUCGUAAGGGGUCCCUGAAAAAUGGAAACAUGGGGAGCCCAGUUAACCAACAGCCCAAGAAGAACAAUGUGAUGGCACGAACAAGGCUGGUUGUUCCCAAUAAAGGCUAUUCCUCAUUAGACCAGAGUCCUGAUGAAAAGCCAUUGGUAGCACUGGACACAGACAGUGAUGACGACUUUGACAUGUCCAGAUAUUCCUCCUCGGGAUAUUCUUCAGCUGAGCAGAUCAACCAGGACUUGAACAUCCAGCUGCUAAAGGAUGGCUAUCGGUUAGAUGAGAUCCCAGAUGACGAGGACCUCGACCUGAUCCCUCCGAAGUCGGUCAACCCCACUUGCAUGUGCUGUCAAGCCACCUCUUCCACUGCCUGCCACAUCCAGUAAUGAGGGAAGCCUGGCAAGGGUUGACCAGUGCUUUCCACUAUAACUGUAAAACUUAACAGCCAUUGCUUCCUCCUAUGGUAGGACGUGCACCUCUUUGUGUUCAUGGAGCCAGGAGAAACCAAAAAAUAAUAUAUAGAUAUAUAUAUAUAUUAUUCAUUUUAUGAUCCUCUUCUCAUUUUUAUUUUAAAACUACAGUAAGUGAACCAGAUACAGCUCCUUGGUCUAGAAAGCCCAUUGGAUCCCUUUGGACUUGGGCUCAGCUUGUAAAAUUCAUACACAGGAGUUUGGAGGGGGUGGAGAUCAGAUGUGGUUGCUG